AUGCCACCAAGACGAGCAGAGGAUGUGCCUAUGAAGAGAAUGGCAGCUGCAGGUUGUAAGUUACCAAUACAACUGCCAGCAGGAGAAAUCUUGAUGGAUAUUACACAAAAUAAAUGGAGACUAGGAAAUACCAUUGGAUAUGGUGGUUUUGGAGAUAUAUAUCUCGCCUCUAAUGACAUUACAUCACCUGUUGGCCAAGAUGCAAAAUAUGUCGUAAAGAUUGAACCUCAUAAUAAUGGGCCAUUAUUUGUGGAAAUGAAUUUUUAUAUAAGAGCGGCACGCAAGCACAUGAUCCAAAGUUGGUGUGAGUCACAGGGAAAGAGGAGAAUUGGUGUUCCCACAUAUGAAGGAUCGGGAUCUCAUGCUUAUGGAGGUCAACGAUACAGGUUUCUAGUAAUACCGCGAUAUGGAGUAGAUAUUGGAAAAUUAUUUCUAUCACAUAGAAAAAAAUUACCAACGAAGCUUGUUAAUACGUUAGCUGUACAAAUGUUGGAUGCACUGGAGUAUAUUCACAGUAAGGGAUAUGCUCAUGCGGAUAUUAAGGGACCAAAUAUCUUAUUAUCAUAUGGGAACGGAAUAGGAAAGGAAAAAUCCAUGGCGUACUUAGUGGACUAUGGACUGGCAUAUCGCUUCCGCACAGGAACCGGUGAACAUAAACCAUUCGUACAUGAUGAGAGAAGAGCUCACGAGGGCACUUUAGAAUUUACAUCGCGGGACGCUCAUCAUGGAACACAUUCAAGAAGAGGAGACUUAGAAACUUUAGGAUAUAAUAUUAUACAAUGGAUGUGUGGAAAGCUACCUUGGGAGAAAGAUAGUAAUGAUAUAAGUUUUGUAAUGGAUCCCGAAGAAGUUCAUCAACAAAAAGAAAUUCUUUUAUCAGACUUACCUCUAUUUAUGGAUAAGUGCUUCCCUGAUAAGAAAAAACCACCAGCUGCAAUCAUGAAGUAUAUGAAGUAUAUUACCGAGCUAGAGUUUGAGACCAAGCCUAACUAUUCCUAUUUACGGAAUUUAUUUCUACACAGCAGCCAAGAUGGCAAUAUUCCUACAUGUCUUUAUAAUAUGAAAGAGUCUAAUGAAAAUCUUACAAGCUCGAUAUUUUUUGAACGUCCAUAUUUGAGAGAAAGGAAGCCUUGCAGGCCUGUAAACGGCGAGAUACGAAUAACACGAAAUACACAGCCUAAGCCACCAGUCCAGAAAAAAGAGUUUAGUUGGGAAGCAGUAUUAGCUCUGCACCCAGACAAACUUGCAAAAAUCAGUACUCAACUGCCACCUUCGCCUCUCACGCCACCUCUUACACCACCAUCGUCCACAUCUCCGCGGCCACCAUCUCUACCGACUUACGCAAUGUUAGAAGUGCUUCGUAAAAUGAAGGAAAAGCAAUCCGGUUCAUUUAGGCAUAAAGCACCACCAAAGUCAUCAGAUAAUGAACUCAAACCCAAAUGGAUGACACCUGCAAUGGAAGAAGUUGCACGAUUAAGAAAAAAGAUCGAGACGACUGUUCCUGUAACCAAUUCCAAAAAUAGUCCGCGUGUGACACGUUCACGUGUGGCAAAGAGAAAACGGUUUGGAGCUCAAGAACAAGAUAAAGAAACAAAGGAUGAUCCAUCCAAUAGCAAGGUUACACAUAAAAGAAGAAAAGGCUCAUCUUAAAGGAAACUUCAUCCUAUUAGUAUUAUAAAAACCUUUAACAAUGGUACCAUUGGCACAUUCACUUUAAUAGUAAAUAUGACAUUAAGUAUUAUUUUACAAAAUCUCGUCCAUUGAUGAUGUUAUAGAUACACAUCGCGCCAAUUUGUUUAAGACUGCUUCAUCAUUGUAUAAUUUGCUUUUCGAUAACAUUACACAUAGGAUUUUUAAAUAAUUGUAUAGCGAACAAAAUAGCGAUAAUAUUAAUGAAUAAGUGACUUCCUCCUAUGAUACUGCAGAGAUUCAAUUAAAAAAAAUGUUCAUGUACACAAACUUUGAUUGCGCGGACAUAGUAAUAUUUCUGAAAUAUGCAAAGUCUGUUGAUUUAAAAUGGUAAAAUACUAAUAGGUGGUAACUAAACUUUGCAAUUUAAUUAUUAGGUCGAAUUUAUUUAACGCUAAUGUUACAUAGUGUUGCUGGUGUGAUAUUAUAUUAAUUCAGUUAUAUCAACAUUUUAGUUACAUAUUUAUGAUUUGAACUAAUUUUGAUAUAUUAUGAUAUUGAUUUAAUCAAUAGAUAAUUGUAAAAUUUAUUCUCUUUCUUGUUUUGUAAAUAAAAUAUAAUAUUCAGAUGCAAAAAUAAAUUUAUAUAAAAUAACAAAAACUAAUUAAAAAAAAAUUAUAAUAGAUACAUUACAAAAUCUUGAUUUAAGAAUGUUCUUAAUGUGCAAUAUAGAACAUAAAGAGAUAUCAAAGGAAAGAAGUAACAUGAACUUAUCCUACUUUUUGUAAAAUCUUGUUUUCCAUAACUACUGUCUUUCCUUAUUUAGCUGCUCAAAGGUCAUUGUAAAAUAUUAAGAAAUUAUCCAUGUACAGAUAUAUAACUCCAUCAAUGUUUCAUGCGAAAUUGAGAAAGAGAUAACCGAUUGUUUCCGUAUUACGCACUUGAGCUUUUAUUAAGAUCAACUCUGUAAACAUUUCAUAAAUUUGUUCUCUUAAUUUCUACAAUAUAUUCACAGAUACGUUAAUUUCAAUAAUAUAAUUUAUAUAAACUAUAUAUGCACUAUAACAAAACAUAAAUAUAAAUCAUAAUGUACUAUACAUUAAAUUUAUAUCAUGACACUUAAAACUGGUGCUAAUGUUCGAAGGGCGGGGGGGAUAAUAGGAUUCACUACAAAAGAACAUUAGUAAAACAUAUGAUAAGGUUAUUCUUUUGUACGCUGUAUAACUGAAAGAUUUGACAAUUCGAUGGCAUAAACUUCCGAGUUUAUUAUCAUUAGUAUGUGAUUUAGUCAAUUUUACUUUCACACUAUGUUGUGACUUUAUCUUUGAUAGUUUUAGAUAGAUGUUUUAAUCUAAGUUUAGAAAACAUUAUUGAUAUUUAAUCAUAUUGUUAGCGCUUUUGUUAUCGUGAUUCAUUUAUAGAUCUACAUUAGAAUUUUUUUACAAUACAUUUGUGAUAAUUUAUUUGUAUCAUUCUAAGUUAAAUACAUAUUAUAUGUGUACCUAUAUGUGCCACGCGACAUUGUUACUACUUGAAACUCAAAAUUAAUUCACACAUACAUCAAUCGUAUUUAUAUUUUAUCUGCGAAAUUAUUGUUUAAAUGCUUAAGUACUUCUUGAAAAGCAUCCAAGAACUAUCUGUUCAAUUAAAUUUUGCGCAAUAAAGAUUUGAAAGGAUAAUGGCGAAGUCUGCGACGUCUACCUAUUACUCUUCAAUAUUUUGUAUGGCCAAAUAUUAUAUUACUUUGUAUAAAUUGAUACCCGGCAAUAAGACGGAUUUUAUAGUGGUAAUAAUUAAAGUUACAGCGUAACAAGGGCGUGUUCUCCUAAGUAUUGUUAGAGAAAUAACUAUUGUUUUGUAAGACGCGAUAAUUUAAAUUUGAACGAGAGAAGUGUAACUACAAUCAGAGAUGUAACUUCUUGAUAACAGAAGAAGAAAUGUAUGUAAUAAAUUGUGUACUAGACUAUAAUACUUGCAUCUACAUUUUCUUAUUCUAGCGAUCUUGUAUGUGUGCGUUGUUUAUUACGAUACAAAAUAUAAGACAAAUAAACAUGA